AUGGCGGCUCGGACGCGUCGGGAACAAUGGGUAAACUUUCGCUUCGUCUUUCCUGCCAAGAGCCAUCGAUUCGUAAAGACUUCCUCCACAAGAUCUCUGGGAAAGAAAGAACGAAAACAAAGGAGAGCGAAGAGAAGAACUGACCGUGAUGCGUGUGUCUUCUUGGCUCGAUCUUCUCUCGCAGGAGGAGCUUGCGGCUAUGGCAACAUGUACCACGAAGGCUUUGGAGUGGAGACCACCGCUCUGAGCACCGUCUUGUUCCAGAACGGAGCUUCCUGUGGAGCUUGCUACGAGCUCAAGUGCCAUCAGGAUCCAAAGUGGUGCCGUCCCGGCAAUCUCUCCAUCACCGUCACCGCCACGAACUUCUGCCCUCCAAAUCCCGCUCGCAAGAGCUACCGAGGAGGAUGGUGCAACUAUCCACAGCAACACUUCGAUCUUUCCAUGCCGGCCUUCGUUCACCUCGCGAACAGGACCGCAGGAAUCAUCCCAGUCAUCUACACAAGAGUCGAGUGCAAGAGGCAGGGUGGCAUUCGUUUCACGAUGCGUGGGAACAAAUGGUUCAUCUUGGUGAUGAUCUCCAACGUAGGUGGAGCUGGAGAUGUCCGGAGCGUGGUUGUCAAAGGAUCACGAUCUCCGUGGACGCCGGCGACUCGCGCUUGGGGCCAGAACUGGCAUAUUUCCAACCGGUCGAUGCUAGAGCAAGGCCUGUCUUUCGUUGUGAGUACCAGCGAUGGCGAGAGUAGGAUAGCUCUCGACGCAGUGCCGCAAAAUUGGAAAUUCGGACAAACCUUCACGACCGCUGCACAGUUCUAGAGAAAGAUCGCUCCAAAUGCUCCUCGAAGAACUUGCAUGAAGAGCAACUUCCUCCAAGAAAUUGUCCGAUCGAACUCGAAAACACCUGAAAAGCCGCGAAAAUGUCUGAGAAGAAAAAAUAAAAUUCUAGAAAGAAGCGAUCGAAGCGUCGCGCAAGA